CAAGUAGGUGUUGGAGAAAGAUUUCUGGAUUCAAAUAUUUUAUUCAGUUUCAAAGCUUCUGAUCCGAGUAAAUAUCAAUUACCUAAAUAUGCUACACUGAAUUUUGCUAAUUCACUAUUCAAGAAGCCUACUGAUGUCACACUUGAAGUUAAUGAAGGAGCGUAUUAUUGUUUUCAAGGAAAUCAUACACUUAAUGAAAGUAUUCUGGAUGAAACUGAGGAUAAAUCUUUUCAAGGUAUUCAAAAAACUAUUAAUGCUAUUGCAAUUAACCCUAAUUGUGAUAUUAGAGAGUUAGAUGAAAAAUUUCUAGAAUGUCUAAACUGGGAAAAUAUUGGUGUUGUCCCAGAAUUAGAAGUUGACAU